AUGGGUGCCACCCAGCGAUACUAUACAUCGAAACUAGGAAAUGAUUCGGACCUCCGCAUCCUCUUUAUCACUCGGCAUCAAAGCAAUGCCAUGCGUCACACGCGACGCCAACACGGCGAGCGCCAAAAACUUGCCGCUCGAUCGCCUUCAAUCAAACUCGUCCAAGGCAACCUCGAUGAUAUUCCUAGCCUGUUCUGCGCCGCUAAGGAGCUCGAGCAAAAGCCUAUUUGGGGAGUAUUCUCGGUGCAAGUAUCCAUGGGUAAGGGCGUCACUGUCGAUGGCCAGAUACAGCAGGGCAAAGGCCUGGUCGAUGAGAGCAUAAAGCAAGGCGUCAAACAUUUUGUGUACAGCAGUAUAGAACGAGGCGGAGACGAGGUGAGCUGGGACAAUGAGACGCCAGUACCUCAUUUCCAGACCAAAUACCAUAUUGAGCGACACCUGCGGGAUGUUGCGGGGGAUAAGAUGGGCUGGACAAUCUUACGUCCCGUUGCCUUCAUGGACAACCUCCAACCCAACUUCCCGACUAAGGUGUUCAUGACAGCACUACGCGACACCCUGAACGGCAAACCGUUACAGUGGGUUGCUACCUCCGACAUUGGCUUCUUCGCCGCACAGGCCCUUGAAAAACCCGAAGAGUGGGACCACAAGGCUUUCGGCUUGGCAGGUGACGAACUCGACUUUGCCGGGCUUUGCAAGGUGUUUGAGAACAAGACCGGCGCCCCAAUUGGCACGACAUUCGGUCUCUUAGGUAGUGCGCUAAAAUGGGGUGUUCCUGAGAUGAACCAUAUGUUGAUGUGGUUUGGGUCGGAUGGGUACAAGGCUGAUAUCCAGAAGAUAAGGAGUAUACAUCCCGCAAUGAUGGACAUGGAGACUUGGUUGGUGAAGAGCAGCAACUUCCGGACCAUCUAG